CUUGGAAAUAAAUAUAUUAAACAUGUUCGAAUGAGUUGAUAUUCAAAUAUGUGUUUCUGUCAGUGAUAUUGAUUUCCUUUAUUUCGAAGUCCACAACUCGAAAAGGAUGUAGGUAGACCGUAAUGAUUUAUAAUUUGUGUGUAAUAGUUAGCUAAACUACACAGCGAUGUUAGUGCAGCGGUCUUUAUAAUGCGCGUUCAUAAUGAAAACUAAAAGCUUCCUGCUGUUCUCAACAUCAGUGUUUGCUAUAAGUGUAUUUCUAAUUAUAUUUCAUUCACAACCGCCUCAGUCUAUACAGAGCAUCGUGACGCAGACCCAUCAGCAAAUAAAGGAUUUUCAGGUGUCUGUAUCACCACAGGAGAACUUGCGAGAUGUGGAGGAGAGCCAGCUGGUGCAGGAGGAGCGGUACUUUAGAGUGCUGGGCCUGGACGGGCAUGUGGAGGUUUGGCACAACACAACACUGCCAGUGCUCGUUACAUAUGCACGCGGAGACUCCCACGCGAUGGCUGUCAGCUUCGUCCGUGCCGCAGCACGCCUCCCAUACACCGUACUGCUCUACAACCUAGGAUUAAAACCAUAUUCACUGUCUAUGGUAUCAAAUUACUGCAACUCAUCAAAGUGCGCCAUCAUUGACUUUGAUUUGGAAGCAUUCCCAUCGCAUGUCAGUGAUGAAAGUAUUCAUGCAUUUAGACCACUUAUAAUUCAACACGCGCUGAGCCGCGUGGGCGGCGUGGUGUUCUGCGAGAGCUGGCAGCGGUACGUGGGCACCGAGCUGGACGCGCUGUGGUCGCGAGCGGCGGCGUCCCGUGGCGGCGUGCUGGCGUGGCCGCUGCGAGCCGCCGUCACCUCGCUCACCCAUCCUCGGAUGUUCCACUACUUCCACGCGGACGUGGACGACUUCCUGUUCGUGCAGAUGGUGGAUGUGACGCGGCUGAUCGUCGCCAACAAGCCCGCAGUCGGUGACGUCAUGCGACCGUGGAUACAGUGCGCGCUCACGCUCGACUGCAUCAUGCCUAUAGGCGCGCAGUCAGGCGGGUGCCGGUUCGACAAGAAGCCGCAGUACCGGUAUUCCGGCUGCCACGGGCAGGACGCGUCCGCGCUGAGCAUCGUACUGGGACUCCGCUCGGGGUUCGAGGAGUCUGCGUACGCGGCACGGGGCGGUGCGGGGUGGCGGCGCGAGGCGGAGGCAGCGGCUCGUGCCGAGCUGGCCGCGCUGCCGGAGCUCACCCAGCUCGGCCGGUCGACAUCGCCGCGCAACGCCUCCGACGCGGACGACAGGGACCCGUCCGCAUCCGCGCGCCCCGCGCCCCCCGCACACCCCGCGCACCAGCCCCGCGCCCCCGACCUGCAGUUCUGA